GGUGCAAGUUGUUUGACCCAAAGAAGUUUGUCAACCACCCAGUGUUGUCGGCAAUGAUCAGGGUCCAAGAUGAAAACAUCCUUGGCCACAUGAUCAAUUUGAAUGUUAACGAAGUCAGGCAUCCCUGGGGUUGCUGCACCAUUAGCCUGUACUUUUGCAGCAACCCCUACUUCUGCAACCAUGUGAUUGUGAAGGAGUAUCUCAUCACCCUCACAGGAUACAGGGUGUCCCGUGCCACUCCCAUUCAGUGGUCCCAGCAUUGUGAACGAGAAGCAUCCAGCCACAGGCACCAGGAUAGCGGCCCAAACUUCUUCAACUGGUACUCUGACCACAGCGUGGCGGGAUCUGGCAGGAUUGCUAAG